UGCUUUGUCGUGGGGAAAAAAAUAUUUACCACGGUUGAGGAUGGACAUUGCAAUUCCAGACUUUACUUGAAGGAAGCUGCAUCCUGAAUAGAUGUUCGGCCAUCGGCUUGUGAGAAAACACAAAUAUGGGUAUUGUUGUUUUAUCCUCUCUGCCCUUCUCCCUGACCUGUUGAUGAAGCUCUAUCCCAGGCAAAGAUGAGGAUAUGGUGGGAAGUGUUUAAUUAGUGCAUCUGCUCCUGUGUGUGUGUGUGUAACAAGUGGAGUCUACACAUUGCUUCUUCCAGCCUAGCAGCUCUUCACGGUGACUGGCUACACGGAUAUAGUGGGAGGGGCCUUGCCAUUACUCCCAUAGCUAGUAACCAGAGGGCCAACUGCAGCUGAAAUCAAGAGGCUGGAGGCUUAGUGAAAAAGGGGGAAACGUGCAGUCUAGGAAUGACACCAUCUACCCGGCAUACCCACUGACUGUAUCCCCUCCUCCUGCCUAUAAAAGAACCUGCAGAAUUGGACUGUAUGCACUUCGAUAUUCCAGAGGAUAGCAAUACAACUAUAUUUAACCUCGAAAAACAUUCAACUGAAAAGGCAGUGACCCAAAAGGAGAGCUUGGGUAACAUUUUUACAAUAACAUUUUUGUUUUAAUUCUUAUAAAUGUUUUAUGUUGGCUUACUGGUGGUCUUGAGUAGCUGCCUGGCCCUGGGGGCAGGCUACAGGAAAACUCCAGACCCAACAGCUGCUAAGAGACAGUACCAGAUCCAAAAUGGCCCGUGCAGCUACACCUUCCUGCUACCUGAGCAGGACAACUGCAAGACCCCAAGCAGCACCUACACCAACCUGGUCCAGAAGGACGAUCCGGCAGAGUAUGAUGAGUCGGUCCAGAGGCUAGAGCAGCUGGAGAACAUCAUUGAGAACAACACACAGUGGCUCCUCAAGCUGGAGAACUACAUACAGGAAAACAUGAAACAGGAGAUGUUCCAGAUCCAGCAGAAUGCAGUGCACAACCACACGGCAGCCAUGAUAGAGUUCGGAACCAACCUGCUGAGUCAGACUGUUGAACAAACACGGAAGCUGACCAACGUAGAGGCGCAGGUAAUAAAUCAUACAACUCGGCUCGAACGUCAGCUUCUUGAGAACUCUCUAUCAAUGAGUAAGUUGGAAAAACAGCUCAUUUUCCAAACAAAUGAAAUAACCAAGCUGAAUGACAAAGACAGCUACCUGGAGAAGAGGGUGGGGGAGAUGGAGGAGCAGAGGCAGGUGGAGCUGAAGACGCUGAAGGAGGAGAAGGAGCAGCUCUCUACACUGGUACUGAGACAGACGGCUGUCAUCGAGGAGCUGGAACAACAGCUGCUGCGGGCCACCACCAACAACUCUGCCCUGCAGCGGCAGCAACAGGAGCUGCUUGAGACCGUCAACAACCUCAUCAACACAAUCUCUAUCCCCACAGGUGGAGGGAACAAGCCUACCAUGAUGCAGGACACACCAACCACAUACCCAGACUGUGCUGCUGUCUACAAGUCAGGAAACACAGACAGUGGAGUCUACUCACUGACCCUUUCCAACACUACACAGGAGAUUAAGGCUUACUGUGACAUGGAGACAGAGGGGGGUGGAUGGACAGUACUACAAAAACGAUUUGAUGGCCGUGUUGACUUUCACCGUACGUGGAAAGAGUACAAAAUGGGCUUUGGAAACCCUUCAGGUGAAUACUGGUUGGGAAAUGAGUUUCUUUCGAUACUGACCAAUCAGCACCCAUACGUCUUGAGGAUACAGAUGAUGGAUUGGGAGGAAAACGCAGGAUUCUCACUAUAUGACCAGUUCUCUCUAGGCAGUGAAGCAGAAAACUACAGAAUACACCUUAAAGGCUACAGUGGCACAGCAGGCAAAAUUAGUAGCCUUGGUCAGCCGGGAAGUGAUUUCAGCACAAAAGAUGCAGACAACGACAAAUGUGUUUGCAAAUGCUCACAACUGACAACAGGAGGCUGGUGGUUUGACGCCUGCGGCCCCUCCAACUUGAACGGAAUAUUUUUCCAGCAGGGCCAGAACUCAAAUCGAUUCAAUGGAAUCAAAUGGUACUACUGGAAAGGCUCAGGCUACUCACUGAAGUCCACCACAAUGAUGAUCAGACCAGUAGACUUCUGAGGCUUUGACAGAGACAUGCCUCUCACAGACAUGUAUAGAAUGGAGAGCAGAGCUCUGUCACUCUGGGAAACAACUACACAGACAAGACAGACAAACAAAAAGACCAAACAGACCGAAGUGCUCCAUAACAGCAACCUCAUCACUUCCGAACAUUCCACAAGGGACGGAACAAUUAGCUUUGCGCCAACAAGUCUUUUUAUUUUUUUAAACUUUUGUGCAAAAUGGACAGGUGAAGACUAGCAGAAAAGUCUAUGAACUAUCUAUACUAGAAAUAUAUGGGCUUUGGACUGCAUAACCAACCAGGACAAGGCAGUCAAAAGAUGACCCGUUGGAAAUCUUGUAUUUAUAGCAAACUGGAACUGUGGUAGAGAUAACAGUAUUGUUUUCUAUUAAUAAGCAUUACUAUGGGAAAUGUCAGUGUGUAACACAUUGCAAGGUUGACAAAGUUAAUUUUGUAAUAACGAUAUUUCACCCCAUUAACAUUUGAUACAAUGAAUUGGGAAAAUAAGUUACAUUUAUAAUGUAAAAUAAAAAUGUAACAAUAGCCCUAAUUUUAAAAGCAAAGAAAACUAGGG